AUGAUCGAUUCAGUGGUGAACUACGAUGAGAAAACUAGAAAGGAAUGGCAGACGAUCGUCAACGAGCUCAGUAGACCCACAGAAGACCAAGAAAAGAUCUGGGAACUAGCAGCUCCUGGAAUACGAGAAAUUGUGACAACCAUCAACACCACACAAGAGAUGAUAGACAGUGACGACAUUAAGAAGGUAGAUCUUGCUUUAAAAGCAUUAAAACGGAACGAUAAGGAAAUGCAAGUCAGCAAUAAGAGGAACGAGAUACCCGAGACUAUCAACGCUCUUCCCUUAUCGCUCCUGUAUCAAAUGGCCAGUAGCUGGAAGGAUCAAAACAGCACAGAAACAGAAGCAAGUAAGGACUCAUUGAAGCAACUUCUCGCUAUGCAACCAUUAGCUACAAAUCUCCUCGAGAGUCUCGAUACAGACUCAUCAAACACCAAAGAACUAGCGGAACGUAGUAACCCUAAGUCGAAUAUCAGUUCUCCACAGGUCGAUCUAUCGAAAGCAGGCCCAUCCAACCCAACGACCCACAACAACAAUCGCCCCAAGCCUGUGUCUCAGCCAGUCGCGACAGGACUAGGCAUUAAAGGAUUGGAUAUUUCCACAGUGAAAGGCUUGCAAGCACUUAGCGAAACCCUUUCUAGAGAUAAUGUAAUCGAAAUGUUCGAGUAUGAAAAUGGGGUCACCAAGUAUGGCCCCAUAGUUGCGAUCCGCCCUUGUCGAACGGAUAACCUAAGAUUCACUCGAUUUGUUAUCAUCAAGGGCACUAAGUUGUGUCCUGGUGGGGCAGAAGCCCUCGCAAAGAGGAAAGACAUGGAAACUAAUUUCAAUCUCAAAGAUCGAAAGGAGCGCAUGAAGAGCAUACCUAACUUCCUCAAAACUGCUAGGCCGUGUGCUGUGAUGUCCCGACCUGAAGGCUAUACACCACGCUCGGGAUCGAAGCCUCGUCGACUAGAUACCUACAUUCGAGAGGAAUGGCUUACAAGAACAGAAUACGUCCAGCUUGUAGGGCAAAGUUGUGCUGAACGUCACCUCAAAGCGUUAGUGGAAAAGUAUGAGACACGGUCAAAGUAUAUAGAUAGGUGUAAACAAGCAAAGUUGCAUCCUAGUACUGGUUUACCUCUCACCCAAAAGGAUCGAGAAGAGACACCUUGGCUAUUUCCUGAUGGUCAGUCGGCUGGAGGCUCCUAUGCGGGUACUAACAAGGGCGCUGAUAUCGAUACUAAGGGUUCUUUCCAAGAGCUAGAACUGGAUGACGGUGAUGGCCCAGCAGCCAAAACUAAUUCUAUUGGAAAACAAAAAAUCAGGACCGCUAUUCCGACCACGGUCGACUCAGAUGACGAACUAUGA